AAAAUGUGGAUGUAAAUAUAUGAUAUAUCAAUGGUGUAAUUACUUAAGAGGGCAAGAUUAACACAUGUUUCGCAUUCUUCAACAAAUUUUCAUCAUGUUAGUACCGGCGCUGCUCCUGUUAUUUUCCAAUAUCCUCUUAUCAUCUGCACAGAACUGCGACUGUUACCCAAGCUACGUCCAGCCGUGCAUCCCACAAAGACCGUGUAUCCAUGUGAUCAACGCUAGAAUGCCAAAUCAGCAGUCCUGGUCUGUACCAGUACCACGACCGAAACCACGUCCGGUACCAGGUGAUCCAUAUCCCAACCCACGAACAGGUCCUGUGCCAAUUGAUCCAUAUCCCAACCCACGGCCUGGUCCCGUACCAAUUGAUCCAUAUCCCAACCCACGGCCUGGUCCCGUACCAAUUGAUCCAUAUCCCAACCCACGACCAGGUCCUGUGCCAGUUGAUCCAUAUCCCAACCCACGACCAGGUCCUGUGAAAAUUGAUCCAUAUCCCAACCCACGGCCUGGUUCCGAACCGAUUUACCCAUAUCCGAGGCCAUACCCAGGCCCCGGGCCACACCCAGGUCCCGAGCCAAACCCACGACCUCUUCCACCAAUAGACAUUCCCACGCCUCUUCCACCUAUCCCAGACCAGUCUGUUAUAAAUCCACCGUUUCACCAUGGACCCUUCCCGGAUGAUCCUGUGUCUCGUCCAGAACCUGAUGAAACCCCCCAACCAUUACCAGAACUUAGUUCACAAAAACCAAGUGACUCGCAACCAACCAACUAUCGGAGAGGAAGCAUGGGCUUGUCCCAACUGCUGUCGCUACCGAGUACCAUGGCUGAAUCGCUCUUGAGCGGAGAAAUCAGAGUUUAAUUACAAUAAAGUUAUGA